CAACGACCCAACUUGAAAUCCUCCCUGCGCAGCAGACCACACCAACAUUCGACAAAGGCGACCUCUGCUAGCCGACAUAUAGACACACACAGUUCCCACGCAUCACCUCGACGACUGCCUUAAAGACAAAAUGGGCGGAGGAGGCAAAGUCCCCUACCCGAAACACGUGUGGUCGCCUGCAGGCGGUUGGUAUGGCCAACCUGCUAACUGGAAGAGCAACACGGCCAUCUUUGGAGCAGUGAUUGGCGUGAUCGUCCUGGCUACAUGGAGGGUGUCAGCGGAGAGGGAACAGCGACAUCAUUUCCCUGCGCCUGAUCGGUUCUUCCCUAGUCGAAAUUGGAGCAAGCAAAUCAUCGAGCACGAGAAAGCCCAGAAGGGCCAGUGAGCCGACCGGUUUUGUUUUUCAAAGUUUUACUCCUUCAUCCCAUACCGAUCCUAACCCCGGCAUUUUCUCGUCCAGAACGAACAAUCUUCCGAAUUACCAUAUUCCGCAUCUUGCAACAGUUUGCAAAGAAGCUUGGACGAGCAAGGAAGUGGUUACGGGAGUUGAAGAAACAGCAAGAUCUCUGUUUUGAUAGCAGAGAAGGCCGUGGUUCCAGCGGACCACAUUGUACAUAGCAUGGCACAAAAUAGACCAAGAGAGUCGGGUGCAAUAGGCGAGAGAAAUGAAAAGAGAGAAAACUGAUUCAACGAAACACAUUCGUGCUAUGCGCUUUGAUUACAGUUGCUAUGGUACAAGGCUUGAUGAGAGAUAGAGACGGGACAGGCAUCGUCAUGUCAAAAUAACCACAUGUUAUUGCAGCUGAUUUGAAAUAUGACUUUGCUCUCUAUCCAGGUACGCUGCAAAACGAGUUUGGUAUCGCUCGCCGUUCCAGGUGUCAGGCUCCAAGACAGAAACGGUGGGCAUGCCCACCUGUUCAAUCGCAUAUCCUGCUGCAAUUAUCGCAUGCACUAAUGCUAG